GAGAUUAGCCAGUACGAAUUACAGCUUGAACAAGUUAAGGAGACGCUUACAGCUGAUCCCACCAAUGCAGAACUUAUAGGGCUAAAGGACGAGCUCUCAAAUUUGAUAGACUUACUUAAAGCGUCUACUGCACCAGCGCAGACAGCUCCAUCGACUAGCGAACAACCGCCACAGAGUAAAGGGAAAGAUAGCAAGGAUGUUAAGAUAUUUAAGGCAGGUGAAGAUAUAAUGGCUAAAUACAAUGACGGUAAAUUCUACCCAGCUAUUGUUAAAGCGGUGUCAGGUAUACACCCAAAGAUAGUUUACACUAUCAACUUCAGAGGUUACGAGGGUACACAGCAGGUACAGCCUAAUCAGAUUAAGGCUAUGGAUCCUCAUACAAAAAUCUCAUUAACUAACAAGCGACAAAGAGAUUCGCAAAAAUCCUUAACGUCAAUAGAAGACGAGAAGGAGAGGGAAAGGAAGCGCAAGAAGAGUGAGAAGAAAGCAGAAGCUAGGGAGCAGAAGAAUAGUGAAAUGAACAACAAGCAAAACAAUUGGCAGAAAUUCGCAAAGAAAGCUAAUAAAAAAGGUAUACACAUAGCUGGGUCAGAAGGAAGAAGCAUAUUUAAGACGCCAGAUAAUCCGUAUGGUAGAGUCGGUGUCACAGGCUCUGGGAAACCAAUGACAGAGCAAAAAAGUGUAAGAGAUAAGCAUGUUUUUGUACCUACGUUAGAGGAUCAGUAA